GAAAAUUUCAAUGUCGGAAAGCUCCAUCAAUCUGUGGUCCCUAUAAGCCCAUUUUCCCAUACUGUUUUCUCAUCUUUCUCUCUCUAAAGAGAGGCACUGGCGAUCAGAGUGAAUUAAUAGCUUGCAUUUUUAGUUGUUGAUCGCUUUUCUGCACUUAUACGUAGAGGAAUUUGUGUCUGUAAUUGUGGAGGCGCGGCUGUUGUUGGUAGUGGUGGUGGUGGUGGUGUGAGGAGUUCCAGUGUUUGCUGUAUGUCAGUAGAGUGCUACACGCAUUGUGGUGGAUUUGGUGAGCUUGCCAAUCAGUUACAAUGGCCCCAGCUCAGAAAGAGGCGACGCUUGCUGUUAGUUGCGUUCCGACAGCAGCUGGUGUUUCUGCCGCCGGCGUAGUCCGCAGGGAGACUGCGUCCGCCUCCGGUGCUGCUGAUUGGGGCGUAUCAUCUGCCGCUAAAGACCUGCAGAGCAAGAAUUUGGCGUCCUUAAUGAGACCGGAUCCUUCCUCUAAAGCUACUACUAAAGGGAUCCAGCUCAUGCCAAGGGCUCAAACCAAACAUCCUUUGGAUCCAUUAUCUGCUACAGAAAUCUCUGUGGCUGUAGCAACUGUCAGAGCUGCUGGAGCCACCCCUGAGGUCAGAGAUAGCAUGAGGUUUAUUGAAGUGGUUCUGCUGGAGCCGGAAAAACAUGUAGUGGGCCUGGCAGAUGCUUAUUUCUUUCCCCCUUUUCAACCCUCAUUGUUGCCUAGAGCAAAAGGAGGACCAGAAAUUCCUAGUAAACUCCCGCCAAGGCGAGCUAGACUAGUCGUCUAUAAUAAAAGAUCCAAUGAGACUAGUGUAUGGAUUGUAGAGCUGGCAGAAGUACAUGCUACAACGCGAGGUGGACAUCAUAGGGGAAAAGUGAUUUCUUCUACAGUUGUCCCAGAUGUUCAGCCACCAAUGGAUGCUGCAGAAUACGCUGAAUGUGAAGCUAUAGUCAAAGAUUACCCUCCAUUUAUGGAAGCCAUGAAGAGAAGGGGUAUUGAUGAUAUGGAUCUGGUCAUGGUUGAUCCCUGGUGCGUUGGUUACCACAGUGAGGCUGAUGCUCCUAGUCGUAGACUGGCAAAACCGCUUAUAUUUUGCCGAACAGAGAGUGACUGCCCACUGGAGAAUGGUUAUGCGCGACCGGUUGAAGGAAUUCAUGUGCUUGUUGAUAUGCAAAAUAUGGUAGUAAUUGAGUUUGAAGAUCGUAAGCUUGUUCCCUUGCCUCCAGCUGAUCCACUCAGAAAUUAUACUCCUGGUGAAACAAGAGGAGGGGUAGAUAGAAGUGAUGUAAAACCCCUUCAAAUUGUUCAACCUGAAGGUCCGAGCUUUCGGAUAAAUGGACAUUAUGUUGAGUGGCAGAAGUGGAACUUCCGCAUUGGUUUCACUCCGAGGGAGGGAUUGGUUAUUCAUUCUGUUGCCUAUGUUGACGGUAGUCGGGGUAGGAGACCUAUAGCCCAUAGGUUGAGUUUUGUAGAGAUGGUCGUGCCCUAUGGAGAUCCCAAUGAACCACAUUACAGAAAGAAUGCAUUUGACGCUGGGGAAGAUGGCCUCGGGAAGAAUGCUCAUUCUCUUAAGAAGGGAUGUGAUUGUUUGGGAUACAUAAAAUACUUUGAUGCCCAUUUUACAAAUUUUACUGGGGGUGUUGAAACUAUUGAAAACUGCGUGUGCUUGCAUGAAGAAGAUCAUGGAAUCCUGUGGAAGCAUCAAGAUUGGAGAACUGGUCUAGCAGAAGUUCGGCGAUCAAGGCGCCUCACUGUUUCUUUUAUUUGCACUGUGGCUAAUUAUGAAUAUGGAUUCUACUGGCACUUUUAUCAGGAUGGGAAAAUUGAAGCUGAAGUUAAACUUACUGGAAUUCUUAGUUUAGGAGCACUACAACCUGGAGAAUCUAGAAAAUACGGUACAACAAUUGCACCAGGAUUAUAUGCUCCAGUUCAUCAACACUUUUUUGUUGCUCGGAUGGAUAUGGCAGUUGACUCUAAGCCUGGAGAAAUGCACAAUCAGGUUGUUGAAGUGAACCUCAGAGUUGAAGAACCUGGAAAGGAUAAUGUUCACAACAAUGCAUUCUAUGCUGAGGAAACUUUACUUAGAUCUGAAUUAGAAGCCAUGCGUGAUUGUGAUCCAUUAUCAGCCCGUCACUGGAUUAUAAGGAACACAAGAAGUGUCAAUCGUAAUGGACAGCUGACAGGCUAUAAGUUGGUACCUGGUUCGAAUUGUUUGCCAUUGGCUGGUCCCGAGGCCAAGUUUCUGAGAAGAGCUGCGUUUCUGAAGCAUAACCUAUGGGUUACACCAUAUGCACGUGGGGAGGAUUUCCCCGGAGGAGAGUUUCCUAACCAGAAUCCACGUGUCGGAGAGGGGUUGGCUUCUUGGGUGAAGCAAAAUCGGUCUCUGGAAGAAGCUGAUAUUGUGCUCUGGUAUGUUUUUGGAAUUACACAUGUUCCUCGGUUGGAAGACUGGCCUGUUAUGCCAGUAGAACACAUUGGUUUCGUGCUUCAGCCACACGGAUUCUUCAACUGCUCCCCUGCAGUAGACGUGCCUCCAAAUGCCUGCGACAUGGAUGCAAAAGAGAACGAUGUGAAAGACAAUGGGGUCGCUAAGUCUAUUUCCUCUGGUCUAAUAGCUAAGCUCUGACAGGACACGAGUAGGUCUCUCUCAUCACUUUGGAACAAAUCCUGCUAUUUGUUCAGCUUGUUCUCGUUAGUUUUGUGUCGUUUCGUAAUGGAUUGAACUCUCUGCUUUCAGUUUUAUGUUCUGUAUCACAUAUUUUUAGUUUGAACGCUUCAUUGCUAGGUAAAAGAGUUUACAUGAAUUGUGAACUGUCAUUUCUCCUUC